GCAAAACACACCAGCCUCCACGGGCCUACAGCGACCACACGCCGGACUCCGGACUCCUGAGACCAGACUGUGGAGGAACCAGUAAACAUUAAGCCACGGGAAAUUAACAGCAAAUUAGAAGAUUGUUUUUUCGCUUUCAGUUUGUUUAAAAAUACGGGCUUCAUCAAUUUGACACCAGAUGAUUUUACAGCUGAAAUAAGAAUUCCUUUAAGCAUUAUUCUGCUGUUGUGUCGGAAUGUUCUUCUCUACUGGCGCAGUCUAACUCAGCUGGAAUCGCAUAGGAUGCCAUACAAUCCCAUAGGGAGUGACUCUAGCAGCAAUUUCCAAGAAACGAAAAGGACGUAGUAUUUAUCCUGCGGAUCUUUUUUACUUUACACACACGUACACGAUGGAUGAAGGCACUGCCAGCGAGACCAUCCCAGAUCUGAAAGACAUAGAGGUGAAAAUUGGCCGGAAGACCCCAGAGGGUUUGCUCAGGUGGAUGCGGGAAGAUGCGUCCUCUCUCCGGGGAGACGCCAAGCUGACCACAGCGCACGACACCAGUAAGGAGACGGGGACGAAGAGUUUGGAUGAAAAGAUAAGGAAAUUGAAGCUGGAGAUGGCUCACUUGCGAUCGGUGGAUGUGAAGAUCUUGCAGCAGUUGCUGGCGGUCCAUGAAGGCAUUGAGGCAGUGAAAUGGCUCCUAGAGGAGCGCAGCACGCUGACGAGCCGCUGCAGCAGCCUUACCAGCAGCCAGUACAGUCUGGGUGAGGGCCCCGACACUUCCUGGAGAGGCUCUUGGAGCAGCCUGCAGGACCCCAAUGACAAGCUGGACAACAUCUCCAUCGGCAGCUAUCUGGACACCCUGGCAGACGACAUGGAUGAGUACUGCCCCUCUAGCUCAGAGUCUGUCAUCUGCCCCAUCACACCGCUUGUCUCAGAGGCUGCUGCUGGGGGCCGGAUAGGAGGAGGCCCUGGGGCUACAGUUACAGCAGCAGGGACAGGAGCUGGGGUAGAGUUGAGGUCUGGUAUUGGGCCUGAAAGUGGGAUUUGGGCUGGGGCAAAUGAAAAUGGAACUGGCAUUGGAAAUUGUACAGAGGUGAAAGGUAGACCAGGGACUGGGGUUACCAGUGCUAUCACUGGGACAGGGAUUGCUGGGCGUGAAACUGGGAAAUCAGCAGUUCCUGUUAGCUCUCCUCAAGCCAAGUCUGAGGGCUCCAAGCAAGCUGCUCCGGUCUGGACCAAGGUUGCUGAGAUUGGUAAAGGAAGCCCUGUUUCUAAGAACAAUACCCAGACACAAACAGUUAAGGCUAAUGGUGUCCUGGAGAAAGCAACCAUGCAAACAGGCAGCCCAGCCUGUCCCGGCCUCAACGAGAAACUGGGAACCAACCAGAGCCCCAAACUCAAACCUUACAAAAACGGAAAGAUUGACAUGGAUACUUGCAAAAUGAAUGGCAGAAUGCAUCUGGAGUACGACGCGCACUGGCGGUGGGUGCAGUCACAAGAAGAUGUGACGUUUUUGUAAGGAAUAUAAUAACAGACUCUCUAAAGCUAUCACUGUAGGAUAGAAGAAGAGUGAACCGCUGUUGUGAAAUGCACAUAGUGAGGCUUUCCUUGUUGAACGACACUAGGUUUGACAAAGAAUAACAUUUUUGUCUUGUUGUUCCCUUCUGUGACUGCACUAACUUUCUAUAAAAUAUUGAUGUCAGUAUUAAGGUGGAUGCACAUAACAGGAUUCUGACCAUAUUUAGCCAAACUUAGAAAAAAAUCAAUUCUAAAAUCCUGUGUCAUAGCUUUUCUCAGGGUCUUUCUUGGCAUUCCCUGACCUUUUCUCUUUUCUUUUCCUUUCUGAAGAACAGUGAGAUGAUCUGCCGGAGAGCUGAAACAUGAUUUUGAGAAUUACAUCAACCAAUGUAAAUUAGAAGAAAUUAGAAGGAUUCCCAUAAACUACAAUUUCUCUGCUUUUACUAAAUAAUUGAAACCCAAGAACACAAAAAAGAUUUCAGAUUUCCCCCAACCCACCCGAAGAAUAUCACUCUGAAGUCUCCUUAAAUACUUAAAUCCUCCUGUGGGGCCCUCCACAAUCAUCACCACUACUAAAACCACUGUCGUACUGCAUUUAAAAUAGUAGAAGACCAAAGUUUCCCCCCAUCGACCCAUUAUGUUGGAGUCACAAAUUCAAUUGAUUGUAUAAACAAACCCUUUGACUCAAUAUAGCAGACAAUAUAACUGAACACGUAAUGGUUAUAGACAGUAUUACUUGAUAAAAUAUUAACUAAAAAAGUGAAACAUAAGUAGUACAAAACAUUUUCUAAAAUCUGUGACUGUGUUUCUCCCCGAACUCGUAGCUACCAGAACAAAAAGUAGAAGAUAUGAAAAUAGAAGACAGUGCACUGAGGUUAGUAAAAGUUUCCCUCAUAACAUCUGUGUCUUUGUGAAGCUAAUGCCUUCAAUGCUUAACCAACCAUCUGCAAUAUUGUAUAUUCACUGAAUCACAAUACAGCUUCUCUGUGCAUCAGGUACUAGUUGUGAAUGGUGGUAGGCAAAUACUGAAUAUGGCUGAAUUUCCUUUUCUUUUUUAACAGUAAUGGUAACCGUUGCUAGUUUUCAUAAACAGCUGUUGUGCCUGACUGGUGUAAACCUUAACUACAUAUGCCUGUACUUUCCCCCCUGAGAUGACUGCACUGUUGUUAAGAUAAUCUGACUUUGUUGAAUGAUUUUAUUUGUAUUAUUUUUGCCUUCUCUCUGCUUGCAUGAACAAAUGGCUAAACCAACAGUCUGUGCGCUCUCGCCAUGUAAGUGUUGACUGGUAAAUGUGUUAUGUUAGCUGGGUGGAUAUUGCAUGCCCUGUGCUGAGAGCUUUACUGGUUAAAUCAAGAGAAAUGUGUGGAAGACCCAAAACAAUCAGAGAAGAAAAGCAAUAUUUCUUGAAGCCUUUCUACUGGCUUACAUAAGCAGCCUUUUCUCAGCAAAUGAAAUCUGAUUCUUGUGUCUGUUCUUCAGGACUUUCCAAAACUACUGACAGGGAGAGGAUGUGUGUGUUUGUGUUGUGAGAGAAACAGAUGCUGACUGCCUGUCUGAGCACAGUUGGCCUGUCAUGUUUCGGGUAAGAAUAGACGAGUCCCAAAAGUUUUCAGGUGU